GGGCGCUGUGCUGGUGUCCCCUGGGAAUACACAUUCCCGAGCGGGGUUAGUUUGGUAUAUGAGGGUGACGUCAGCGCCUCCUCCUCUCCCCCCAGCCGAGCCCCUGAAAGUAACUCCGGACUGGAGAGUGAAAGGAGCCGCUGAGCAUGGAGAGCACUGAAUGCGGAGCGCCUGCCGUAGCUUGGACUGCCGUGCUUCUCAUGUGAUCGUCUGCCUGUGGAAAGAGUCCCGAAACCGGUGGCUGGGGAUUGUUGUGCUCGCUCCGUGGAUCUCCCUUCGCUGCGAAACUUGGGGGAAGCCAUGGAUGGGGUGUACGUGGUGGGGCUGCUGGUGGUGUUGCUAUUCUCUCCUGGGCUGGUUUCAGCGGUCCGCGGUCAGUUGUCUGCAGGAGGUUGCACCUUUGAUGAUGGCCCAGCAGCCUGUGACUAUCAUCAGGAUCUCUAUGAUGACUUUGAUUGGGAUCAUGUCAGUGCACAAGAACCCCAUUACCUGCCUACAGAAAUGCCAAAAGGUUCCUACAUGAUUGUGGACUCGUCCAAACAUGAUCUUGGAGAGAAGGCUCGCUUACAGCUUCCUCACAUGAAGGAGAAUGACACUCACUGCAUUGACUUCAACUAUCUUCUCUUCACUCAAAAAAGAGACAGCCCUGGAACCUUGAACAUUUUUGUACGGGUGAAUAAAGGACCCCUUGCCAACCCUAUCUGGAAUGUCACGGGUGCGACUGGAAAAGAGUGGCUGAGGGCUGAGCUGGCAGUUAGCACUUUUUGGCCAAAUGAGUAUCAGGUUAUCUUUGAAGCUGAAGCCUCUGGUGGAAGGGGCGGAUACAUUGCCAUAGAUGACAUUCAAGUUUUAAGCUACCCCUGUGAUAAAUCCCCUCACUUCUUGAGACUGGGAGAUGUUGAGGUGAAUGCUGGUCAAAAUGCUACAUUUCAGUGUAUUGCCACAGGCAGAGAUGCAGUAAACAACAAACUGUGGCUUCAGACACGGAAUGGAGAAGAUAUCCCUGUAACCCAAACAAAAAACAUCAACCACAGAAGAUUUGCAGCCACUUUUAAGCUGCGGGAGGUGACAAAGGCAGAUGAAGACCUGUACAGAUGUGUAACACAAUCCGAGAGAGGAUCUGGAGUCUCAAACUUUGCUCAACUAAUUGUUAGAGAGCCACCACGUCCCAUUGCCCCACCGCAGCUCCUUGGUGUUGGUCCAACGUACCUCCUUAUUCAGCUGAAUGCCAACUCGAUUAUUGGAGAUGGGCCUAUCAUUCUGAAGGAGGUGGAAUAUAGGAUGACCACUGGGACUUGGACUGAAACUCAUGCAGUGAAUGCCCCAACCUACAAGCUAUGGCAUUUGGACCCAGAUACAGAGUAUGAGAUUCGAGUUCUACUUACAAGGCCAGGGGAAGGUGGUACAGGGCAACCAGGGCCUCCACUAAUUACAAGGACCAAGUGUGCAGAACCUAUGAGAACACCGAAAACUCUAAAAAUUGCUGAGAUACAGUCCAGGCACAUUGCUGUCGAUUGGGAGUCCUUGGGCUACAAUAUUACUCGCUGCCAUACCUUCAAUGUUACCAUUUGCUAUCACUACUUCCUGGUCCAUGGCAUGAAUAAGGCUGAGUGUCUGGAUAUGGACCCCAAAGCUCCCCAGCAUGUAGUGGACCGUCUGCCACCUUACACAAAUGUUAGCCUGAAGAUGAUUUUAACCAAUCCAGAGGGAAGGAAGGAAAGUGAGGAGACCAUUAUCCAAACAGAUGAAGAUGUACCUGGACAUGUCCCAUUCAGCUCACUGAAAGGCACACCAUUUGAAGACAAGAUUUUUUUGAACUGGAAGGAACCUAUGGAGCCAAAUGGCAUUAUCACUCAAUAUGAGGUGAAGUACAACAGUAUACGGUCUUUUGAUCCUGCAGUGCCUGUAGCAGGACCUCCUCAAACAGUUACUAAACUUUGGAAUAGUACACACCAUGUUUUCUCUCAACUUUAUCCAGGCACUACUUACCAGUUCCUUAUAAGAGCUAGUACUAUGAAAGGGUUUGGUCCUGCAACAGUCAUCAAUGUUACCACCAACAUAUCAGCACCAACAUUACCAGACUAUGAAGGUAUUGAUGCCUCUCUUAAUGAAACUGCCACAACCAUCACUGUACUGUUAAGACCUGCACAGGCAAAAGGAGCUCCUAUCAGUGCUUACCAGGUUGUGGUGGAAGAGCUGAACCCUCAUCGGACAAAGAGAGAAACUGGAGGAAUGGAGUGUUAUCAGGUUCCCGUGGCCUACAACAUUGCUGGAAAUGGGGGCUCCCCAUACUACUUUGCUGCAGAGCUUCCACCUUCCAACCUUCCUGAAGCUGCACCUUUUACUGUUGGUGACAAUAGGACUUACCAGGGAUUUUGGAACCCACCUCUAGCUCCCCGUAAGGGUUAUAAUAUCUACUUCCAAGCUGUGAGCAGUGUGGAGAAGGAAACUAAAACACAGUGUGUGCGCAUUGCAACUAAAGCCGCUGCAAUUGAAGAACCAGAGGUUAUUCCUGAUCCUGCCAAGCAAACGGAUCGUGUAGUGAAAAUAGCUGGCAUUAGCGCAGGAAUUUUAGUAUUCAUCUUACUGCUUCUAGUUGUCGUUUUAAUUGUCAAAAAAAGAUAUAUUACAUGGCGAAGGAACUUCUGCAUUAGAAGCCUUAGGAGGAGCUACUAUUCUUACUCCUACUACCUUAAACUGGCCAAGAAGCGCAAGGAUGCCAUGGGCAACACACGUCAGGAGAUGACUCAUAUGGUCAAUGCAAUGGAUAGAAGCUAUGCUGACCAAAGCACUCUGCAUGCUGAAGACCCACUGUCUAUUACCUACAUGGACUCUCACAACUUCACCCCCAGAUUGCCCAAUGAUCCACUUGUGCCGACCGCUGUGUUAGUGCCAAUCACUGAUGAAAACCACACAGCAACAGCUGAAUCCAGCCGUCUUCUAGAUGUGCCUCGCUACCUGUGUGAGGGAACAGAAUCUCCGUACCAAACUGGCCAGCUUCAUCCAGCCAUAAGAGUUGCUGACUUAUUACAACAUAUAAAUCUUAUGAAGACAUCUGACAGCUAUGGAUUCAAAGAGGAGUAUGAGAGUUUCUUUGAGGGUCAAUCUGCUUCAUGGGACGUUGCUAAGAAAGACCAAAACCGAACAAAGAACCGAUAUGGAAACAUCAUUGCCUAUGACCACUCAAGAGUCAUCCUUCAGCCAGUGGAAGAUGACCCUUCGUCUGACUACAUAAAUGCAAAUUACAUUGAUAUUUGGCUGUACAGGGAUGGAUAUCAGAGGCCAAGCCAUUACAUUGCCACCCAAGGUAAAGUUCAUGAAACGGUGUAUGAUUUUUGGAGGAUGAUUUGGCAAGAGCAAUCCGCCUGCAUUGUUAUGGUUACAAAUCUGGUGGAGGUUGGCCGGGUGAAAUGUUACAAGUACUGGCCUGAUGAUACUGAAGUCUAUGGAGAUUUUAAAGUGACAUGUGUGGAAAUGGAGCCACUGGCUGAGUAUGUCAUCCGUACAUUUACGCUUGAAAGGAGAGGAUAUAAUGAAAUCAGGGAAGUCAAGCAGUUCCACUUCACCGGUUGGCCUGAUCAUGGAGUACCGUAUCAUGCCACUGGCCUGCUGUCCUUUAUUCGGCGUGUAAAGUUGUCUAAUCCACCAAGUGCUGGUCCCAUUGUGGUUCACUGCAGCGCUGGCGCUGGCCGCACAGGUUGUUACAUAGUUAUUGACAUCAUGCUGGACAUGGCCGAACGGGAAGGUGUUGUAGACAUCUAUAACUGUGUGAAAGCUUUGCGCUCCCGGCGGAUUAAUAUGGUCCAGACAGAGGAGCAGUAUAUCUUCAUCCAUGAUGCCAUACUGGAGGCAUGUUUAUGUGGAGAGACUGCCAUACCGGUCUGUGAGUUUAAAGCAGCAUACUUUGACAUGAUAAGAAUAGACUCACAGACCAAUUCAUCACAUCUCAAAGAUGAAUUCCAGACUCUGAAUUCUGUGACCCCACGACUACAAGCUGAAGACUGCAGCAUAGCCUGCUUGCCAAGGAACCAUGACAAGAACCGCUUCAUGGACCUGCUGCCUCCUGACAGAUGUCUGCCUUUCUUAAUUACCAUAGAUGGGGAGAGCAGCAAUUAUGUCAAUGCAGCGCUGGUGGAUAGCUACAGACAACCAGCUGCCUUCAUCGUCACACAGCAUCCCCUGCCAAACACUGUGAAAGAUUUCUGGAGAUUGGUAUAUGACUACGGAUGUUCUUCUUUAGUGAUGCUCAGUGAAGUUGAUUUGACACAGGGAUGUCCACAGUAUUGGCCGGAAGAAGGCAUGUUGAGGUAUGGGCCAAUCCAAGUGGAGUGCAUGUCCUGUUCAAUGGACUGUGAUGUGAUCAGCAGAAUCUUCAGGAUAUGUAAUCUGACACGGCCUCAAGAAGGUUAUCUCAUGGUGCAGCAGUUUCAGUACUUGGGAUGGGCAGCUCACAGAGAAGUGCCAAAUUCCAAAAGAUCCUUCCUGAAAUUAAUCCUACAAGUUGAGAAAUGGCAAGAGGAGUGUGAUGAAGGAGAAGGACGCACAAUUAUUCACUGCCUGAACAGUGGAGGACGAAGUGGAGUGUUCUGUGCCAUUAGUAUUGUGUGUGAAAUGAUCAAGAGGCAAAAUGUGGUGGAUGUUUUCCAUGCAGUAAAAACACUACGCAACAGCAAGCCAAAUAUGGUAGAGACUCCGGAACAGUACCGUUUUUGCUAUGAUGUUUCAUUAGAAUAUCUUGAAUCGUCAUAGUUGGAUGUGCCAACCUGCACCUAACGCUCGGACAGAUAUUACUCCAGCUGUGCAAAGGGGGAUUUUUACACAGGACCUUAAACGUUUUAAACAAACAAAAAAA